AUGGACACUGCAAGAGCCAUGUUGACUGGCUCUGGGGAACGUGGCAGCAUCAAGUCCGAGAUCUUCGGACCGAGCGAUUCUUCUGAAGAAUCCUCGUCUCACGCAGGUUCGGCCGACGAUAGGCCGCGUGGUGAUGGUGGUGAUGCCCCUAAGCAUCACCACGAGACAAGCAAAUCGAGAGAUCGAGCUGCCACUGGUGUCAGUGCUCAUGCUGACACCAAUCAAAAGGACAGGGACCGAAAUUUCCUGCGCCAUGCUCCUCAAGAGAAGUCUCCUUGGAUGCCGUCAUCCAAAGAGUUAGAUCGAGUGGCCGGUAUGAGCACCAAACGGGAUCAAAUUCCGUUGUUCGACUGUAAGAGGAUCUGUCCUCCUAAUUCUAGCACGGAAACUAUCCGUGCUGAGACAGAGUUCUACGCCGAUGCGUUUUUCAAACAUCGGUAG